AUGACAGAAAAACCUUUAAAAAAAGCAGCAGCACCAAUUCAAAACCAGCCAAAACAAAAAAACAUAACUUUGAUCUUAAACGAAAUACUUGAUCCCGAGAGUAUUCAGUUUGAGUUUAGCGAACACGAAAAUCAACACAUCUUGGCCCCAAACGAAAACCUUUCGGAGCAAGAAAAACAUGCGAAAAAGAUGAGAGAACUGGAGUUGCAGCAGAAGUAUCUAGUAAUGAAAUAUCAACAAAACGAAGAGCAAAGAAGGCAAAUAGCACAUCAAAACGAAGAACAAAGAAGGCAAAUAGCACAUGAAAACGAAGAGCAAAGAAAGCAAGAAAGGCAUGCUUUAGAGAUGGCACAGUAUAUUACUUGCACUGAAAUAUUAUCGUUUAUGUGGGGUCUAGUAUGGCCAAGUACAUCUGCCAAAAACAGUCUACGUCGCUCUUCACGGGAGUUAUAUCUUGAUAAGCGCGAUAAUCUUUAUCCUCAACUUAAAAAGGUUCAAUGA